AUGCGCGUGCGCUUGCGCAAUCGUUACCAACACCGGAAGUUUCUCGCGUGUUGUUUGUUGACAUCUCCAUGACCAUGAUCAAUAGAACCCGACGUGAAACUCUUUACGGUUACCGUCGCCUGAUAAAAAGUGGAUCUCUAAGGUUUUCAGGGAACCUAAAUACAUCUCAAGAUGUUUACUUACCAGUCCAACUAUCCAUCUUAUCAUGGGGGAGGUGACAGUGCAUAUCCCCAACAGUUUGGCCAGUUUCCACCAAAUUCUGGUCCUCCACCUCCACCAGGCAUGGGCAUGCAAAGUGCGUACAAUGUUAACCAGUAUGGAUUCACCCAAGGUAUGGGAUAUCUUGGAGCAGUGCCUGGCUUCACGGUACCUGGUGUACAACAGUGUGCCACCCUGAAUCAGAAUUCAGGAUAUCAGGCGCCUAUGAGCAUUCAGGCUCCACUAACAUCUUAUCUUAAUAGGAUGGAUGCAGACCUUUAUCAGCAGCAGAUAAAGAUGCAGCAGAUGAUGCUACAGACAUUGGAAGAGGAAAUAAAAACUGGAAAGCAACAGCAUAGACGCCACAGGAGGUUCAGUGGAGAGAAACACGAAGAAGAGGAAUCAGAUGAGGAAGAAGACAGUGACAAAGCUGCCUCUGCCAAACAUAGGCACCAGAAACAAGAAAAAAAGCACAAGGAAGAGGAUGACAAACCUUCUCUUGCUAAACCUGCUGAACUUUCUGAAGUAGAGGUGAAAGCCAAGGUGCGGGAGCAGAUGUAUCAGGCCUUUGUCAGUGAGCUAAUCAGGCGAGAGGUAUCAGGUACAUUUGAAAUGACGGAGGGCACAGUGAAGCCAUUUGAAAUGUACACAGAUAAGGAUCCUGUUGCUUUAUGGAAUAAGAAGGAAAGGGGUCGUGAUGUGACCAAGAGUAAGUGGGACAAGGAAGCUGAUUGCGAGUACCUGAGAGCAGCCAUGAAAGGACUGGGAACUGAUGAUGAUGCUAUCAUUGAAGUGGUGGGCACACGAUGUAAUGCUCAGCGCCAAGAACUGAAAAAAUAUUUCAAGGUUCUAUAUGGACGGGAUCUGAUUCAAGACCUCAGAUCAGAGCUUAGUGGUGACUACAAAGAGCUUGUGAUGGCUUUGUUUGCACCACCUGCAGAAUUUGAUGCUUGGUGCAUCAAAGAGGCUAUUUAUGGUCUAGGCACUGAUGAUGCCUUAAUUGAGAUCUUGAUGACCAGGACUAAUGCACAGAUCAAAGAAAUUCGCGAUGUUUAUUCGUCAGUUUUAAAUGAACACUACCAUGGAAGAGAACCUGUGCUCGAGAAAGACAUACGCGAAGACACUAGGGACUUCAAACGACUUCUCAUCUCAGCUGUGCAGGGAGAACGCUAUGAGAUACCAGUGGAACGACUGGAAGCAGCUGUAGAAGAAAUUAGAAAUCCAGAAGCAAAGGAAGGCACAGGUAUGUUCCAGGUGAACUAUAACAAGUUGUGUGACCUUGAGCAGGCCAAGCGUGAGGCCCAACAGUUGAACGAUGCUGGUGAAAAGCGCUGGGGAACAGAUGAAGAAACGUUUAACCGCAUAUUUUCUACUCGUGAUUACUAUCAACUGAGAGCUACAUGGAAUGAAUAUGUGAAGAUUACUCAGCGGGACAUCCUCAAUAGCAUUGAUCGUGAAACAUCUGGAGAUUUCAGAAAUGGACUUCGUGCCAUUGUAAUGAACAUUCGCUGCCGCCCCAUGUUCUUUGCUGAGCGACUUCAAGCUGCCAUGAAGGGUCUGGGAACGGAUGAACGCACCCUCAUCCGUGUAAUUGUUUCCAGAAGUGAGAUUGAUAUGGUGCAGAUUAAGGAAUGCUUCCUGAAACUGACAGGUAAGACACUGUGGCGAUGGCUGAAAGAAGACACCAGCUUCAACUUCAAGAAGCUUCUUCAGAAAAUUGUGGGUUGUGAUUAGCUGAAGCCUUCAUCUAUACCUGCCAUCUUUGAAAAUGUUUCAUUUAAUAUUGAGACCAUAAAGCUAUGAGUUUACUUCCAUUUGUUACCUUUGUCAAAUUGUGAGCAUUACAUAGUUGAUUUCAGCAAUAAACAGCUAAAUUCGUAUCACAUUUGUCUCGCCUAAGUAUGUCCUACAUUUUUUUUAAUUUUAAAACCAUAUUGCUUAUCUUAUUGUUAUAAGAUCCUCUCCAGAUAUAAUUACAACAGAACUUUUGAUGUUAAGUGAUUUAUGCUUAGUGUUCUUAUAAGUAAAGUAUGCACAAUUAUGUUUGUAAAAUACUCUUAUAACAAAUGGCUUGUAAAUUAUUAAGGUGAUGUUUGUAUUCUUGUACUAAGUAUCUCAUGUUUUGUCAGGUAUGCUUUUACUUGAAUAGAAAAACUGUUCAUUCACCUGGAGACACUGGAGUUUUUCUCUCCUAGACUUCAUUUACCUCUUCUCCCUUUUCCUCCUACAAAUUUGUAUUUCAUGGAUAUAUUCAGUAGGCAAUAGAUGAAUGUGCAAGCUGUAAUUCGCCUUUGUAGUUAUAGGAAUUUUUGAAUAUUUUAUCAUCUCCUCAUCAUGCAUGAACAAUUAUCUAUGUAUGAAUACAAGUACUUGUUUGUUUACUCAUGCGUGAGAGAAACACACAGAUAUUUUACAUAGUUUUUAUUCCACAACAAUUAUUGGAUAUUAGACUGCAAUAUUUGAACUUAAUGUGAAAAUCUUCCUUGGUUUUCAUUUUUUUGGGGCUGUAGACAAUACUUAGUCAAAACUGUGCUCUAGCUGCAUUGUCAGCCUUGCUUUACAGAAUAAAUUUCAUUUUUCUA